AUGGGGAAUUUGUGUCAACACCAUAAGAAACAGUUAGAGCUGGAGGCGGAUAUUUGCUUCCUUUUUUCUGACACCUACAGACAGAACGGCAUUAAAAUUCAACAAGAGACAGCCGCCCAGUGCCCCCCGCGACUUACAGACAAAGACUGGGCUGAAGUUAUGGAUAAGGGCCCUUCCCAAUGGCGAAUGCUGGUACCUAAAUCUUUACAAGAAGAAGAGGCAGCAGCAGCCGCAGCAGCAGCACCAACAGAUUGUGUGCAAAAUGACAAGCGCCACCGGUGGAGCACCAUGGGGGGGUCAAAUGCUCCUACAGAAGUGCAGAUUGAGGGAGUUUCUGUAAACCUAAAAGAAUUGUUAUCUCCUCGCACUAUGGCUGCUAGUGCUGCUACGUCUCCUGUUGAUCCUCCUCCCGGUGCAGCAGGUGCAGAAGCAGCAGCGACGGUAGACUCAGCAGCGAGUCCAGACGCGGCAGGAGCAACUGUCACAGCGUCAACGCCAGCAACAGCAGCUGCAGAAGCACGAGCAGCAGCAGGCAGCACCAGUUGUGGGCGUUGGUGUCAGGUGGAGACACAACAGCGCGGCUGUUGUGUGGUCAGUUUCAACACAAUGUGCUAUCUACUGGAGCAACUGCAGCAGGCAAAACCAGAGGCCCUUCAAACAGCAACCAUGUCUCCGGUUCUCCCCACCUUCAAUCAAAGACCUGAGGAAGUCCAUCAGGCAGUCCUCGUACAGGCCGAACCAAUUGUUCUCCAGUCCACUCUACCCCUCCCGCAGCAGGCUGAGGUGUACUGCGAGGUUGAGUUGUUGUCGUACACUCCUUUCAAAUCAUACAUUGCCAUUGGAGUUGCAGCUGCUCCUUAUCCACCUCACCAUCUUCCAGGCCUCCUCCCGGGUUCCUGCGCCCUCCUUUCCACAGGCCAGGUGUUUAAGGGGGGCCCUGUCUCUGCUGCAGAUGGUGACGUGCUGAUGGAGGGGGACGUUAUAGGGUGUUUGUUUUGUCGCAAGUCCGGCCGGGUUCUGUUUUUCUUGAAUGGGGACCCAAAGUGGACGGUGCCGUGUGAGGAGAUUUUGCUCCCUGAGACGGGCGGCGAGGGUUCACUGGGCUCGCUUUCUCCUUUGGGAUCGCCUCGGGAUCAUUUCCGUAGGCGUUCGGAAUCGUCGAACGGUGACUACUUCUCCCCUCGUGAUAUGUACAUCACCUUGGGGGUUUUAGGGAAGGGGGAGCUGGAGAUCAACUUUGGAGGGAAGAAUUUUAACCUCAGCGGAGAAAUCUCGAGAGUCUCUAAAGGCAUCGUCCUUUCUACAGCCCCGAUCGCAGCCAGGGCCUUUGGCUACAGACUCGCAAAGUUCCACGUCAUGCUCGACGAGCUAAAACUCUUCUACUCCUGCUUUAACCCUCCGAUGGUGCCAAAGGCAAAGGGAAUGGUUGUUUUAAACAUCUCCAGGCAAAAGGAAUUUAAUGAAGAGCUAAAGGAAACAUACGGCAAGGACUUGACAGACGUCGCACAAUAUGCCCGUGAUAGCGUUGAAACGAUGCUGAUCGAAUACUUCGACGUGGUAAAAAAAAGGCAAGACUUGGUCAAAAUCGGAGCUGUUGCGGAUCAAGCCCUUCUGCGCCCAGCAACGGUGGACUCCUUUUUAAGAGACCGAUAUAAAAAGGGAAUUAAUGUUCUCUUAAAGAACCGCCUUCGGCAAAUGUAUGAAUUGUAUUCUCCUGAAAGCCUGAAGGAAGUUGAUUCCGUUGCAGAGAAAUAUCCUCUGUUUGACGACGCCUUUGUGCUAUCCCUGAAGAUGCGCAUUCGCUACGGUAUCGAUCUUGACUCGUUCCCUCCUUUCGAAGUGGUAGAGACAGAAAUCCAGAAGAGGGAGAUCGAGGGCAUCGUCGGGAUUGCCCCAGCAGUCGACCCGGCGAUUGUCUCCCCAAUUGAGCUCCUCGAUCAGGAAAAAGAAUCGUCAGAAUUUCCUGAACUCGAGUCCACGCGCAGCAGGAACUCCCGCAGCCUCAUUCUUACCCGUCCCUUCCGCCAGCAGCAGCAGCAGCAGCAGCAGCAGCAGCACAGCAAGUUGUGGGCGCUCCGAAGCAGAUCGCGUUUAUCUAUUCACGAUGAAGCCUCUGAAGACUCAGUUACUGCUUCUCCUUGGGGUAAUACAAAAAGGACGGUUCCCUCGUCUCAGCAGCAGCAACUGGGAGCAUUUGAAGCCUCUGCUGCUGCUGCAGCCAGCAACGGCUAUGCAGCAGAGCCAGGAAUUUCUAAGCAAAGUAACCCACGAAGGUACACGAAGACCCUAACGCAGCAGCAACAGCAGGAGCAACAGCAGCGCAAAGAAGAGGAACAAGAAGAGCAACGCCAGUUGCAACCGGCGAAGCACCAACAAAACCAGGAGCCACUGCAGCGGCAAAGGCAAGAUAAACAACAGCAGGAGCAACAGGAGCCACAGCAGCAGCAGCAAGAACCACAGCACCGACAGCAAGAUCAACAACAGCAGCAGCAACAACAGGAGCAACAACUGAAGGAGCAGCGGCACGAUAAACAACAGCAGCAGCAGGGGCCACAGCAGCAUCACAAACAACAGGACCCACCGCAACAACAACAGCAAGACCGCCAUCAGCAGCAACAGCAAACGGAGCCCCAGCAACAGCAACAACUCCAUAACCCACAUAAGCAGCAACAGCAGCAGGGACUGACCAAGCAGCAACACCAGGAGCCACACCAGAGGCAGCAACAAGAGGCGCGGCCUGAGAGACAGCAACCAGAUGGGGGGGAACAACAGCAACGGCAAGAACAGGAGCGAACGGAGCAAGGGUCGCCACAAGAACAAAUGCAACAGCAGCAGCAAGAACACCCGCAGCAACAAAGGAAACAUACAAACGAACAGCAGCCAACGCAACAACAAAAGCAAGGCCAACAGCAGGAGCACGGCGGCGAGGGAAAAGUCAGCGACGAUAUGGCAAGAAGCGUGCCUGCAGCUGAAAACCCUCCAGCAAGUGCCGCUAAAACAGCACCAGCAGAAGCUGCCGCAGACGAGAGUGGACAACGAGACACAGAAGCAAGAGAACCUACUCCAGCAGCAACCGCAACGGACACAGAUGCAGCGGGGGAAGCAGAUGGAGGUUUGACACCAGAAGAUUCGAUGGUCCGAGCCACUGCAGAAGCAGCCGCUGACCUUCUGUCUUUCCUUGAGCAUGUUCCCACUGCUGCGGUAGCCGAAGUAGCAGAACCACUGCCAGAGGACCCAGCAGCAACAGAAGUAGCACCGGCGAUGGCAAAUGCGCCACGGGAGGCGUUGCCAAGACCAAAGCACGAAGAGGCAAAUAUCGACGAACAGCAGCAACAGAAAAAGCACCAGCAACAACAGCAGGAACAUCGGGAGACGCAGCAACAUCAAGAACAACAGCAACAACAACAACAAGAACAGCUUCAGAAGCAGCAACAGCAGGAACAGCUUCACCAGCAGCAACAGCAAGGGUCGCCCCAGCUCCAGCAGCUACGAGAACAUCAGCAUCAGCAGCAACAGCAACAACGAGAACAUCAGCAGCAACUGGAAGAACAUCAGCAACAACAACAGCAACGAAAGCAUCAACAGCAACAGCUCGAACAGGACCACCAGCAGCAACGGCACGGACGGCAGCAGGGGACAGAACAAGAGCAAGAGCAGCAGCACACAGAGCAAGAACCGCUGCAGAAACAGAAAGAACAGUAUCAGCAGCAAACACCGCAAGAACAGGAGCUGCAGCAACAACACGAACAGCUCCUGAGGCAGAAGCAACAGCACGAAGAGCAGCAGCAACAGCAGCAGCAUACGGAUCCACAGAGGCAGCUGCAACAGCAUGCGCAGAAACAAAGAGGAGAUGAACCGCAGCAAAAGCAGCACGAGCAACCACAGAACCCGGGCCAGUACCAGCAGCAACAGCAGGAGGUUCAACAGCCACAACAACAUGAACAGCAGAGCGAACAAUGGCAGAGGCAGCAACCGCAGCCGGAGAUGCGGCACGAGCAGCAGCAGCAAUAG